AUGGGUAGACAUCCGUACAAGAAAAGGAACCAAGCUGUUGCUGUAUCGCGACCUUCGACUGUUGGAGUCCAAAGGUUUCCGCCAACUAAAUAUGAGACACCGCUUAUGACGUUGAAAAAUUUCCCCUCAUCAAUAAUGAAUGGUGUUACUCGUGAAGGUGGAUUGUAUUCACUUACGCUCAAGUCGAUAAAUUGUGCCAAGUAUGUUGAGAAUAACGAUAAUAUGAGACGUGUAUUCAAGAAAAGAAAGUUGGAAGUACCGAAAAUAUCACACUUGAAUCGUAGCGAAAUAUUAGAGAAAUUGCUCAAGGACGUGGAAAAAGAACGGGGAAUGAAACUUGAUUUGCAAACGGCUGAAGAUGAUCGAAUUACAACGUUGAAUACGCAGUGGGACACUUUGUUGAAAAGUGACGCAGAUCUCAGCGAUAUAAACAACAAAGUAUUACAAGAGAUUGAAUCCGGAGGUAAAAGGUUCAGAUUUGUUGAUGACAAAUACUCUUUAGCCAAAGAUGUUGUUACUGACGUCUACGUUGACAGGAUUGAGGACGUGAAAGAUCUAGACCUUACUGAAUAUGAGCAAACUGUCCCAGCUGCAAACACCGAAUCUAUAGUUGCGGAGGAAGUGAACGAGAUACUACCAAAGGACAAAGUGCUUAACGAAAAUGCAAAAGUGUUGGAUCAACUUCAUGCAUACCAGGAUGAACCAAUUGCUGAUACAGGGUCCAAUCAAAUCUAA